AUGGUGGACGUGAGGGAGUGUGCGAGCGAGCAUCGCGGAAGCGCCUCACCGAGCAAGAUGGCCACCCUCGGCCUAUCGAAGGUGUUCAUCCUAGACAAGUACUUUACCGAGCUGCAGAAGUUCUGGGAAACGGAAAAGAAGCUGCAAGAUGCAUCUUCAUCGAACGAAGCCGUCCACCUGCAGCAAAGACUGAAGAGCCUCAGCUCGGAGUUGGUGACGCUGAGGAAUCGACUGCACACGGGCGGACAACCCCCAAAUGGAGCCGGUGGCGUGACCGUUGGUGGAGGCGUCGUCUCGCAAUCCACCGGACCUAACAACACUGGCACGAACCAGAGUGGCGGAGGCCAUGGUACAACCGGACUCGGACAGCACGCGACCAGUAACGGCCUGUUAGCUUCAGGAACGGUUGGUGCGAAUGGCAUCAACGUGCUACCACACCUGGCCAAUGGUUGUUCGAACACUGGCAACUCCACCAGCAACGCUACCAAUAAUGCUAAGAACCACAUGCUGGUGCCGAGUGCGGCCCAGUGCAUACCGUCCAGCCAGGCGAGCAGCAAUCUGAACGCCUCGCAGCCUAACGCCAACGUCUUGCCGGUAGUUUCACCAAGGAAUACCUCAAUCCCGUACCCGUUGCCACAUCACAACACCGGCACCAGCACGCUGUUGCACGGAGACACGAUACCGUGCGGUGGAACGCUUCCCAGACGCACGGCGAUGGGUUUUGGUGGAAAUGCGACCUCAUACGGCAUGGGACACGUCACUGGAGCCGGCGGACUCGGUUCGUUUGCAUCCCCCAGUGGAACCGGAUCCGGUAUGGUGCUGGCAGGAACAGGACCCACAGCGACGCAGUUCCGCGAUCGGCAGGAAGGACCCACUGGAAAUGAGAUGGAUGAUCUGAUCCAUCUGCCCGGCCCACUCACGGAGGACGCGGUCAUGCGCACUCUGCACAACCGCUUUAAUGAUGGGAAAUAUUUCACCAACGUCGGUCCGAUCCUGCUAUCCGUCAACCCAUACCACGACGUUGGCAACCCGUUGACCCUGUCUUCAACCCGGUCCGUGCCCCUCGCACCACAGCUGCGCAAGAUCGUCCAGGAGGCUGUCCGGCAGCAGGCGGAAACCGGCUACCCCCAGGCGAUCAUUCUUUCUGGCACUUCCGGUUCAGGCAAGACCCACUGUUCGAUGUUGCUGCUGAGGCAGCUGUUCGCAGUGGCCGGCGGCGGUCCGGAAACCGACGCUUUCAAGCAUCUGGCCGCAGCCUUCACUGUGCUGCGUUCGCUUGGAUCGGCAAAGACUGCGACUAACUCUGAGUCGAGUAGAAUCGGCCAAUUCAUCGAGGUGCAAGUGACGGACGGAGCGCUCUACCGCACCAAAAUCCACUGCUACUUCCUCGACCAGACGCGCGUCAUACGUCCGCUUCCGAACGAGAAAAACUACCACAUCUUCUACCAAAUGCUGGCGGGUCUGAACGCAGACGAAUGUGCCCGGCUCAACCUGGAGGGGUACUCGCCAGCGAACCUGCGCUACCUACAGCACGGCGACAUCCGGCAGGACGAGCAGGAGGACGCGGCCCGUUUCCAGGCGUGGAAAGCCUGUCUAGGCAUCCUUGGAAUCCCGUUCCUGGACGUGGUGCGCGUGCUCGCUGCAGUUCUCCUGCUUGGCAACGUACAGUUCGUGGAUGGCCAGGGACUCGAAGUGGAGGUCGUCGGGGAAACGGAACUAAACGCAGUGGCCAACCUGCUAGGCGUUCCGCCAGCCCAGCUUUUCCGCGGGUUGACAACACGCACUCACAACGCCCGGGGUCAACUCAUCAAGUCGGUGUGUGACGCCAACAUGUCCAACAUGACGCGCGAUUGCCUAGCCAAGGCACUGUACUGUCGAACGGUAGCGACGAUCGUCCGGCGGGCGAACAGUUUGAAGCGUCUCGGUUCGACGCUCGGUACGCUUAGCUCCGACAGCAACGAGUCCGUGCACAAUCAGGCCGAGGUGGCCAGCCAGCAUGCGUCCACGAUCGGUGGAAACGCGGGAUCUAAAUCGAUGGCGGCCCUUAACAAUGCCGUCCGACACGCGACGGACGGUUUCAUCGGCAUUUUGGACAUGUUCGGUUUCGAGGAACCUCGCCCUGCCCAGCUCGAGCACCUGUGCAUCAACCUGUGCGCGGAAACUAUGCAGCACUUCUACAACACGCACAUCUUCAAAAGCUCCGUCGAAUCGUGCCGAGAAGAGGGCAUCAUUUGCGACACAGAAGUUGACUACGUGGACAACGUGCCUUGCAUUGACUUGAUCUCGUCCUUGCGCACCGGCCUGCUGAGCAUGCUGGACGCGGAGUGCUCGGUACGCGGUACAGCCGAAAGCUAUGUCGCUAAGAUCAAGGUGCAACACCGCAACUCAGCUCGUCUCGAACAACGCGCCCUCGAACCGUACGAUCCGCGACUCUUCGCGAUCCGGCACUUUGCUGGGCGAGUCGAGUACGACACUACCGAUUUCCUUGACACCAACCGGGAUGUCGUACCAGACGAUCUAGUUUCGGUGUUCUACAAACACACGUGCAGCUUUGGCUUCGCAACGCACCUGUUCGGAACUGAGCUGAAAGCUCUAUACGCACAAGAAAGUGGCCCUCGAGGACUCAGCUUCCGCAUUGCACCCACCUCCCACACAGAUCUGCUAAACGGAGACGAACCCGUCUCAACAUUGACGCAGGACUUCCACACGCGCUUAGACAACCUGCUGCGUACGCUCGUUCACGCGCGACCACAUUUCGUUCGAUGCAUUCGCAGCAACACAGCCGAACAGAGUGGUGCCUUCGACCGUGGUGCAGUUGUGCGGCAAAUCCGUGCCCUGCAGGUCCUUGAGACAGUCAACCUAAUGGCGAGUGGAUUUCCACAUCGGAUGCGCUUCAAACAAUUCACCUCGCGAUACCGCAUGUUGGCUCCAUUCCGUCUGCUACGUCGCUGUGAGGAAAAGGCCCUCGAAGACUGUAAGGUGGUGUUGGACUACGCGCUCGAAAACCCACCCGAGCUGGACGGCUCAGUGACGCUUUCGUGGGCACCCGGAAAACGACACAUUUUCCUAAGCGAAGGCAUCCGCCAGCAUCUGGAGCGAUUGCGAGCGGAAGUGCGUAUGAAAAGUGCCACCCUUAUCCAAGCGACCUGGCGUGGGUGGAAUUUGCGUAAGCGCCUCGGAACGAUCCGACGCACGCACGACAUCCAGCUGAUGGGUGGUGCGCUUCAUUCCAUCAACAAGACCUCAGGUAAAGACCUCGGUCGAAUUGCUGCUGUUGUGUCUCUCUCUUUCGACCACUAACCACCGUUCGUUUUUAACACAUUUUCAGGCACUCGAACCAGCAACGUUACGCACGGGAACAGCAACGGAAACACGGGUACGGCGACGAGACCAAGACCACAACCGAUCGCUGGUACGCCUCCUCCAGAUCCGAACGAGAAGUGCGACUCGAAGAUCAUCGCCCAGACCUGCACCCUGUUCGGAUUGGACUUGGAACGACCACCACCCGUCCCACCGUCCCGCUCGUACACCGUCACCGGAAACUCGAAGCUUGGCUACCCGCAAACGCGCAUCAUGAAGAUGAACUUCCCGGAGGAUCCGGCCGCGGUUGGGUUGGGAGAGCAGCUGCGCAAGGGGGAAGCUGUCACGGUGACGGGAGCGUCUCAUCGUCGGGGCCAUCUGAUCGUGGAACACAACGGAAUCAGCCUACACGUGCCGUUCCAGUACAUGGAGCUCGUGAAAACGAUCGCACCAGGACCGGCUGGGCCAGGAACUGCGACAGGUGCCCCAAAUGGGACGACUGGAGCCCCACCACCACCCACAGCCACCGCGGUCAAUAUUUAA